AUGCUUGUGGACUUUGAGAUCCUGCAGCUCACAAACUUGGUGAGCCUACAGAUUUUUGCCUCGAUGGUUAAUUCUGCCUGCUUAAACGAGACCACGUUUCCGCUCUCCCUUAAGACAUUGACCGUUAAUAUGUCAUUGGUUUCCACCCUUGAUUUCCUCAAACGCUUGCCCUCCACCUUGGAAGCUCUCAGUUUGCACCAGAACUGUAUCGGGGGCACGGAGGACCCUCAAAUUGUACCUUUUGAACCACUCACAACCGGAGUUAUCAAGUUUCCUGGAGCACUCCAACGUCUCGAUUUGAGUUCUAACCCUAGGUUGUAUAUGGGGUACUCAUCCGAGACACUCGCAUUGGCAAUGAGACUUAGGUAUUUGGAUUUAUCGAAUACGGGAAUCCAGAAUCCUAGAGGUUUGGAGGGAAAUGGUCUGUCCAGAAGGAAGCGACAAAAAGUGGUCUAA